AUGCUCCCAGCAGCACCUCUCCUCUCACGAGGGAAAAAAAAAAUCCCGCCAUUAUAUUCACACAGCCAGCUACAGGCAGCGCCACCACCACCCACCGCAGACAACAGCAACAACAACAACAAUGCUUCCCGCCCACCACCAUACCGCCGUCCGCACCCGCACCCGCACCUCCACCAGCGCCAGCGCCGCCGCCGCUCGCCCGACCCCAACUUCACCCCGCCCACCCUGCGCCGCACCCAGCCCCUCGCCACGUGGGUCACCCUGACCGGCGACGCCCGCGCCGUCGCCGCCGCCUUUGGUGAUGACGACGCUGCUGGCACCUUCGACGCCGCCACCGCUACCAGCACCACCACCAGCAGCAGCAGUAUGUUGCUGAACCCGGCCCCGCGGCGCAGGCUGCGCAGGGCGCCGCCGAUGGCGAUGACGGUGCCGAUGCCGAUGUCGAUGCUGCAGCAGCCGGUUACCGCUUCGCCCCCUGGGCUUGGUGGUGAUGCCACUGCUUUGAAGUCGCUUGGGCAAGGUGACGAUGCCGAUGCGGGAUCUGUGCCGCCGGGCCUGAAUUCGAACUCGGCUCUGCGCGGUGGCGGCAGUGGCGGCGUCUUCACCACGCUGCGCCGCUGCCCGGGACGGCGGCGGCUGGGGAUGUCGACUCUCUGUCGUCUCGGCGGUGGUGGUGGUGGUGGCGGUGGGGGGUCGGAGAGCGAAGACGAGGAUGGAGACGAGGAUGGAGACGAGGAUGGAGGAGAAAUUGUCGUGGACGGCGUGAGAGACGGAGGGCAGCAGGGGCGCAGUACGACGACGCCGCCGGGUAGUCCCGAACACGAACACCACCACCACCACCACGACAAUGAGGUAGUGAUGGAGGAGGAGGAAGAGGAGGAGGAGGAGGAGGAGGAGGAGAGGGAGGGGAACGACGACGCCGCCGACAACUCCGCCCGGACAGCCGCGUGGCUCGUCGCCCAGCAGCAGCUCUCCAAGGACGGCCGCCACGACAACGGCGACCUCGACGACGACUACAGCGUGAGCGUGUCCUUCCUGUCGCCCUCGCGCCGCCGCCGCUCCCCCUACUUCGCCGCCGACGCCCCGCUGCACUCGCCGACGGACGAGCUGAAGGCCCUGCUGUCGCUGGGCAGCGACGAGGAAGACGAAGACGAACUGCUGUUCGCUUCUGCUGCUGCUGCUGCUGCUGCUGCUGCUUCUCCUCCUGCGCACGUGACUGCCGCCGCGGCGGAGACGAUGACGACGAUGCCGAUGAGGAGGAAGAGGAGAGGGCUGGCGAGGACGAUGGCCGGGAGGUUCAGGGUGGGUGAGGGUGGGGGGUUGGUGUUGGAUGCGGAGUAG